AUGAUCACCAUGUGGAUCGUGACGUCCAACAACUCGAGCCGCGAACUCUCGCUGGGACAAAUUAUGCUGAGCUGCCUGACACCGUGGCUCCUGCCCGUCAUCACCAGCUGCAUUGGGCUGAUUGAAGGCCUAUACGUACCGGCGUCGAGCAACUGGUGCUGGCUCAAGCAGGAACCCACCUACCUGCGCUACGUCCUCACCCACGGCUGGCGGUUUGCCAUCAUCGCCGCCGUCCUCUGCAUGUGCAUCUAUAUCCAGAUCCACAUCCGUCGCCACGCGCGUAUGAUGAGCCAGAUGGUGCAAUCCGAGGAGGUGCAGGGCUGGCGGGAGGCGAACAAGCGGAAUCUGGACGAGAAGAUGGGCUAUGAUAUCGAGAUGCAGACGACUACCUCCGACGGCUCCGCGCCCUCGUCCUCUUCAACCCGCGGCGACGGCCAUGUCUGCCGCUGCUCCGAGAACACGUUCGAGGAGAUCGUCCCCCUCCCGCCGAGCCCGACGCCUUACCAGACCAAGAUGGACCGGCUGCGCGGCGCCAUCACCCGGCCGCCGCCGGACCCGCAGAACGUGGCCAUCCUACGCUCGCAGGGCAAGAGGGACCACCAGCUGUCGAUCCAGCGCGCGAUGCUGCUGCACGCCUACCCCAUCUUCUGGAUCGUGCUGUGGAUCCCGGGCAUCGCUAUGCGCAUCACGCAGGCCUCGGGCGGCAAAUCGCGCUUCCUCGAGUUUGCACAGUCGAGUACGCAGUUCAUCGGCUUCGCGAACGCGCUGACGUUCGGCUGGAACGAGAAGAUUGGGCAGCAGCUACAAGCGAAGAUACGGCGGAACUUUGGGAAAUGA